CAUUUUGAAACAGUAAGUGUGUCAAUGAUGAUCUCACAGUUCUUCGUGCUCUCUCAAAGAGGCGACAACAUCGUCUUCCGUGACUAUCGUGGAGACGUAGCUAAAGGAAGCACUGAGAUAUUUUUCCGCAGAGUUAAAUUUUGGAAGGAAAAUGAAGGAGGAGACGCUCCGCCUGUCUUUAAUGUAGACGGCGUUAACUACUUUCACGUGAAGGUUGCUGCCCUGCUAUUUGUUUCAACAACAAGAAUUAAUAUCUCACCUUCACUUGUUCUUGAAUUUCUUCUAAGAAUUGCACGUGUCAUCAAAGAUUAUCUCGGUCUUCUCAAUGAAGACUCGCUGCGCAAAAAUUUCGUGCUCGUCUAUGAGUUACUUGACGAAAUUAUUGAUUUUGGUUAUGUGAAAACAACAUCAACAGAGGUUCUGAAGUCCUAUGUGUUUAAUGAACCAAUCAUGGUUGACCCUGCUCGUUUGCCAAGUCUUGAUCCUGCUUCCAUCUUUGCGAAAGGGGAUAAAAGAGUGCCUCGAACAGCUUUUACUAAAUCCGUCAUAGCUAAUGAACCUCAUGGUAGGAAGAGGGAAGAAAUUUUUGUAGAUGUAAUCGAGAAAAUAAGUCUUACAUUCAGCUCUAGUGGGAACAUACUUACUUCUGAGAUUGACGGCACAAUCCAAAUGAAGAGUUAUCUCAAUGGCAACCCAGAAAUUCGACUUGUACUCAAUGAUGACUUAAAUAUAGGAAGAAGCGGAAAAUCAACCAUUGAUUACAGUAGUUCAUCUGGAGUAGGAGCAGUAAUUCUGGAUAAUUGUAAUUUCCAUGAAUCAGUACAUCUUGAUAGUUUUGAAACCGACAGAACUUUAACUCUGACAGCACCAGAUGGUGAAUUUUCUGUCAUGAACUACCGCAUCACUCGGGAGUUUAGACCUCCUUUCCGUAUUAGUGCAUUAAUUGAAGAAGUGGGACACCUUAAGGCGGAAGUUAUUAUCAAAGUACGUGCUGAUUUUCCCACCAGCAUCACUACAGAUGCUAUAGUUGUUGAAAUGCCACUUCCAGCAUAUACUACCAGGGUUAAUUUUGAGCUGGAGCCUGGGGCCGUUGGAAACACCACUGAUUUCAAGGAAUCAAGUAAAAAAAUUGAGUGGGGUUUGAAGAAGAUUGUCGGUGGAUCUGAACAUAUGCUACGUGCAAAACUGACUUUUUCACAAGAGAUGCAUGGGAAUAUUACUAAGGAGGCCGGACCGGUUAGCAUGACCUUUAAUAUCCCCAUGUACAAUGCCUCAGGACUUGAGGUGAAGUACUUGCAGAUUGAGAAGAAAUCAUCAGCCUCUAAAAUAUAUAGAUGGGUGAGAUACGUCACGAACUCAAAUUCUUAUGUUGCCCGAUUGUGAUUGAAACAUUGUGAUCUUGUCUAUUGUAUAAUUUUUCCAACUUACUAAAGUGGAAUGUGGUAGAAUGAAGAGGAAAUAAAAUGAAAGAAACCUGAAACUUAGUAUUGUAAAUAUAAACUGAUGGCUUGCUCCGUUUUCCCCUCCUGCAUAA